AUGGUAACUAUUCGAGCCGACGAAAUUAGUAAUAUUAUCCGUGAACGUAUUGAACAAUAUAAUAGAGAAGUCAAGAUUGUAAACACCGGCACCGUACUUCAAGUAGGCGACGGUAUUGCUCGUAUUCAUGGUCUUGAUGAAGUAAUGGCGGGUGAAUUAGUCGAAUUUGAAGAAGGUACAAUAGGUAUUGCUCUGAAUUUGGAAUCAAAUAAUGUUGGUGUUGUAUUAAUGGGUGAUGGUUUGAUGAUACAAGAAGGAAGUUCUGUAAAAGCAACAGGAAGAAUUGCUCAGAUACCAGUGAGUGCGGCUUAUUUGGGCCGUGUUAUAAACGCCCUGGCUAAACCUAUUGAUGGCAGGGGGGAAAUUUCAGCUUCUGAAUCUCGAUUAAUUGAAUCUCCCGCUCCAGGUAUUAUUUCCCGGCGCUCCGUAUACGAACCUCUUCAGACCGGGCUUAUUGCUAUCGAUGCGAUGAUCCCUAUAGGACGUGGUCAGCGAGAAUUAAUUAUUGGAGACAGACAGACCGGUAAAACAGCAGUAGCCACAGAUACGAUUCUCAAUCAACAAGGCCAAAAUGUAAUAUGUGUUUAUGUAGCUAUUGGGCAAAAAGCAUCUUCUGUAGCUCAGGUAGUAACUACUUUACAGGAAAGGGGGGCGAUGGAAUACACUAUUGUGGUAGCCGAAACGGCGGAUUCCCCUGCUACAUUACAAUACCUCGCUCCUUAUACAGGAGCUGCUUUGGCUGAAUAUUUUAUGUACCGUAAACAACACACUUUAAUCAUUUAUGAUGAUCUCUCCAAACAAGCCCAAGCUUAUCGCCAAAUGUCUCUUCUACUACGAAGACCACCGGGGCGCGAAGCUUAUCCAGGAGAUGUUUUUUAUUUGCAUUCACGCCUUUUAGAAAGAGCCGCUAAAUUAAAUUCUAGUUUAGGUGAAGGGAGUAUGACCGCCUUGCCAAUAGUUGAAACUCAAUCGGGAGAUGUUUCGGCCUAUAUCCCUACUAAUGUAAUUUCUAUUACUGAUGGACAAAUAUUUUUAUCUGCCGAUCUAUUCAAUGCUGGAAUCAGACCUGCCAUUAACGUGGGUAUCUCCGUUUCCAGAGUAGGGUCUGCGGCUCAAAUUAAAGCCAUGAAACAAGUAGCCGGUAAGUUAAAAUUGGAACUGGCGCAAUUUGCAGAAUUAGAAGCCUUUGCACAAUUUGCUUCAGAUCUUGAUAAAGCUACUCAGAAUCAAUUGGCAAGAGGUCAACGAUUACGCGAAUUGCUUAAACAAUCUCAAGCGGCCCCCCUUAAGGUAGAAGAACAGGUAAUGACUAUUUAUACCGGAACAAAUGGUUAUCUUGAUUCAUUAGAAAUUGGACAGGUAAGGAAAUUUCUUGUUGAAUUACGUACUUACUUAAAAACCAAUAAACCUCAGUUCCAAGAAAUCAUAUCUUCUACUAAGACAUUUACUGAAGAAGCAGAAGCUCUUUUAAAAGAAGCUAUUCAGGAACAAAUGGACCGGUUUCUACUUCAAGAGCAAGCAUAA